UACGUGGGGCGGGCAGAGACGGACCAGGUUUGGGGCAUGGCGAUUAACCAGCUUGGGAACGGUUUAUCCGAAGCAAACCACCACGAGGACGCGUUGUCCGUGCAAGGGGCCGAGUUGUCUAUGCGGCAGCGCCUUGGCGCACUUCCAGAACAGAUACUUGUUAUGCAGACCAAUCUGGCGAAUACAUACGAAAGGCUAGGACGGCGCGAAGAGGCCGCACGGAUGCAGCGAGAUGUAUACUCCGGAUGCAUGAGGAUAAGAGGCGAAGAAGAUAGACAAACAUUCCUGGUAGCCGAGAACUUUGCGUUGACCCUUCUUAGAGCAGAUUUGUUCGAAGAAGCCAAGUCGGUGCUGCUCAAAACGGUACCCGUGGCGCGACGUGUUCUUGGCGAGAGUGACGCAGUCACGCUCAAGAUACGGUGGUGUCUCGCGAUUGGGCUCUACUCGGACCCUGGUGCCACGCUCGACGAUGUCCGCGAGGCCGUGAGUACGCUCGAGGAUAUAGAACCGAGCGCGCGGCGCGUGUUGGGAGGCUCACACCCUCUCCUAUCCGGGAUGACACUUUCCUUGCAAGAGUCUCGAGCCGUGCUCCGCGCCCGCGAGACGCCAUCGGCGAGCGCGCCGUAA